AUGCUUACAUACAUGGAAGUACACCUUUACUAUACCCUACCAGUUCUGGGGUUAUUACUAUGGCUACUGAAGCCGUUCCAUUCAACCGAAGACAAUCUCAAAUAUAAGUUCCUGACGUUAGUGGCUUUCUCUACUGCUUCUCUUUGGGACAACUACAUUGUCUAUCAUCGUGCGUGGUCGUAUUGCCCAUCAUGCGUCACAGCUGUUAUAGGAUAUGUACCUCUAGAGGAGUACAUGUUUUUUAUCAUCAUGACCUUAAUGACAGUAGCUUUCACCAAUCUCGUUAUGCGAUGGCAUUUGCACAGCUUUUUCAUCAAGCCAGAUACACCUCUUAUUCAAAGUUUAAUGAUUCGUUUAAUUCCAAUUGCUGGUCUGUUGGCUAUUUCCUAUAAAGCUUGGAUUACGGCUGUACCUGGUAAAUCGCUCUUCUAUGGUUCAUGCAUCUUAUGGUAUGCUUGCCCUGUCCUUGCUUUACUUUGGUUUGGUGCUGGUGAAUACAUGUUAAGAAGACCUAUAGCUGUACUUACUUCCAUCAUUGUUCCUACUGUCUUUUUAUGUUGGGUCGAUACUGUUGCUAUUGGGGCUGGAACUUGGGACAUUUCAUUGCGUACAAGUACUGGAAAGAUGGUUCUUCCCCACUUGCCAGUUGAAGAAUUCAUGUUCUUCCUUCUCAUCAAUACUGUUCUUGUUUUUGCUACUUGUGCUAUUGAUCGUACUCAAGCCAUCAUCCACCUUUACAAAGUGGAUCGUUAUCAACAUCAGCAUCGGGAUCAAGUAUCAGAAAAAAGAACUUCCAAAGCCUUUUUCCAACAAAUAUCAGAAAUGACAAAAGCGUUCUGCCUUCUGGACCAAAUGCUCAACAGUGGUGCUACUCAAGACUUAGCCGUCAGUUGGAAUAUUCUUCGUGAUGCCUCUAAAUCCUUCUAUACUGCUUCUGCUGUUUUCCCUUGUCAUAUCCGUCAAGAUCUGGGCAUCCUUUAUGGUUUCUGUCGCGCUACGGAUGACCUAUGCGAUAACGAAGAUGUUCCUGUCGAAGAUCGUGAACAGCAAUUGAAAGUGACUAAACAGUUUGUCAAAGAUCUCUUCAGUCAGAAGACCAACGAUGCAAGCGCUAUUGAUUGGGAAACUUAUUGUGCUCAAUUACCUCCUAGUUGCAUUUCUGCCUUCAAAUCAUUUACGCGUCUUCGUCAUAUGUUGGAAACGGAUGCUAUUGAAGAACUGUUGGAAGGUUAUGAUUGGGAUUUGAGUCGUCGCCCAGUGACAACUGAAGAAGAUUUGCGUCGUUAUUCUGCCUGUGUAGCGAGCACUGUUGGUGAAAUGUGCACGCGUAUUAUUCUUUGGCAUUCUGAUCAAAAAAUAGAUAACAAGGAGUUCAAGUGGACUUUGGAACGUGCUCGUGAUAUGGGCUUGGUGCUUCAAUACACAAAUAUUGCGCGUGAUAUAGUGACAGAUAGUCAAGAAUUAGGCCGCUGUUACCUGCCAACUGACUGGCUAAGCAAGGAUGAAUUGAACCUCAUUCAAGUCGGGAAGGCUCGUAAGUUGAGUGAGAAACGUUUAUUGGAGCUAUGUCAUAAUUUAGUAGACAAAGCAAGCAAAUUGAAAGUACAGGCCAGCAGAGGUAUUGUCAAAUUACCAAAUAAUUGUAAAGGGGGGGUUCGUGCUGCCUGUAAUGUGUAUGCUGCUAUUGGAACUGCUCUCAAAGAACAAAAGUCUCGUUAUCCUACUCGUGCUCAUAUCAAAAAAAUGGACCGCGCAAAGAUUGCUCUUUUAAUAACAAAAUCAAUAACUAACAGCGAUCAUUCCAAAAUGCGACAAGGCAAAAUUCGAAGCUUUAUCGUUGAUUAA